GCGUGCACCCUCGGUGAGGUGAAGGUGAAAGAUUGCAACACCUGUAGAUGUAGUGGUACUGGCAUAUGGGGAUGUACUCGCAUGGCUUGUCCACAGCCUGAAGAUGAGAGCGUGAAGGUGGCUGUGAAGCGGAACGCGCAGAACUGCGUCCCCAACACGACGUUCAAGCUGGACUGCAACACGUGCACUUGUAACAGCGCCGGCACCGGAGCACUCUGCACCCUGAAGGGCUGUCCGAAGCGCAGCCGCAGAGCGAUCGCGUGCACUCCGGGGUCGGUUUUCAAGAGGGGCUGCAACCUGUGCCAGUGUAUGCUCGACGGCCGUUCCACAGUGUGCACUCACAUAGACUGCCCACGAGAGAAUUAGCACUGCUUUACCAAUCAACGAAGGAUUUUGGAGCUGCCCUGACUCAACAGCCAUGUGGUGAAACGCUGGAAACUUUCCUGGCCGUUGGAGCAACAGCCUGUGAUACACGUUUCUCAUCAACUCUGUCCUCCUCUUUCGCACCUUCUGUUUCUGUUUCAAACAAAAACCAAUAUAUUUUCUGAUAAUAAAAUGUCAGGGCUGUGUA